GCCAGUUUUGCGGUUAUGCUUUUAACCUAACAAUACGCAUCCGUACAUUUAUGUGUUUGUACGUAUAAACACACAUACAUACAAAUUUAUAUGUCAUUACCACAUUGCACCAUCAUAAGUUCUUCAUGUUUUCAAUUUGGCCCUCUUUCAAAAUUAAAGUAGCAUUUUACAUGUGUAUUUCAGUUGUACAACAACAGUAAGCCGGCUCUAAAAAGUGUACGUACAUACAAACGUACAUACGUAUGUACUCGUAUAUACAUUUUUAUAUUCAAAUGCACACGUUUCAAAUGGUGGAUGGCGAGCUGUGCCGCCUCUAAUUAAACAGGAGCUGCCGUACUUCAGAUUCACAUUCUAAAUUCUCAGUAAUGUUGCAGAAAAUUCAAAGGUUUCGGUUUUACCAAUUAUUAAGAGGUUCUCCACUUCCGCGCCACCUUUAUAGCGAUCGGCUUACAGAACCAACGAGAGCAGCAGUUGGUUGUUUGAACCAUUUCCAGAACACCUUUCGGUACAAGCAACAUAUAUUAACGUACAGUUCCAGUUUUAAUUUGCCAGAACCCAACAAUAUGGCCAAUAGCAAAACUUCGCACUUUGUGUUACCAAAUACUCAACCAAUUGCUGAUUUGGAGUGCAAAAGCGCUUUCGAAAAUCUGACGGAAAAGGAAAAGUUAUACGCUCACUAUUUCAGCAGAGCAGCCUGGGAUGGUGGUCUGAUUGCUCUAAUUCAAUCGAGUCCCGAGGCACCACUGAUUUUCUCUUUGCUACACCGCAUUUUUGUCGCUGAGAAGCCAGCCGAUCUCAAAGCAAAAGCUCUGGACGCAGGCGUAACAGAGGAUGAGUUCACAGGGUUUCUCGUAUAUACCUGCGGCGUGUUUGCCAAUGCCGGUAACUACAAGGGAAUGGGUGACAGUAAAAUUAUACCCAAUUUAUCGGAGGAGAAAUUUGAGUUGAUAGUGCGCUCCUCCGCAGCAUAUGCUGCAGAGCCCCGCGUAGCUAAGAUUUUUGAGAGAGUAAAAGGUCUUAUUUAUGCACUGGAAUCACGCAAUGAGAUACUUGGUUUUGCGCCGGAUGGGAUAACGACUUAUUGGUCUGAUAAUUGCACUCGCGAAGACUCGGAAAUAGUUAAUGCUUGGUUGACCAAUAAACGUAUCGAGCCAUACAUGUGCCGCACUUUUAAAAUAUUAGAGAAUGGAAAAACCAUAUAUGACGUUAAACUUGGUUCCGUGGCUGAGGUACCCAAAGAGGGCAUAACCCUACCAUUGGAGGAUUACCAGGGUAACAGUUUUCGUGUGACUCGCGGUGAUUAUCAAAAGCUGUUACAGCGUGUUAAUAGCAAUUUGCGCGAAGCUAAAAACUAUGCUGCAAACGAAAAUGAAGCAAAUAUGAUCGAUCAUUACAUAAAAUCGUUUGAAGAAGGUUCUUUAGCGGAGCAUAAGGAUGGUUCGAGAUGGUGGAUUAAGGACAAAGGCCCUGUCAUCGAGACAUACAUUGGCUUCAUAGAAACAUAUCGCGAUCCUGCAGGUGGACGUGCAGAAUUCGAAGGUUUUGUUGCAAUGGUAAACAAAGAGAGCUCUGCGAAAUUUGCGGAGCUGGUGAAUCGUGCGGAGAAGCUUCUGGAAUACUUGCCCUGGUCGCAAGCUUACGAAAAGGAUUCGUAUUUAAAGCCAGACUUUACAUCUCUGGAUGUGCUGACUUUCGCUGGAAGUGGAGUUCCUGCGGGUAUCAACAUACCGAACUAUGAUGAGAUACGUCAAGAUGAAGGCUUUAAAAACGUGUCAUUGGGAAAUGUUUUAGCAAAUAUUAAUCGCAAAGAUCCCAUCCCUUUUCUCUCGGACGCAGAUCAAACGCUUAUGAAGGAGUAUAAAGUGAAAGCGUUCGAGGUCCAAGUCGGAUUGCACGAGUUGCUUGGUCAUGGAAGUGGCAAACUGUUUCGUAUUGAUGAAAAUGGUGCUCACAACUUUGAUGUUGAGAACACCAAGAACUUGAUAACUGGCGAGCCAAUCAGUAAGUGGUAUCAGCCGGGCGAGACGUACGACACUAAGUUUGGUGCUAUCGGAUCUUCCUACGAGGAGUGCCGCGCCGAAGCUGUCGGCCUUUAUUUGUCUCUGCAAAGGGACAUACUGGAAAUAUUUGGCUUUAAGGAUCCUGUCGAACAGGACAACAUAAUUUAUAUUAAUUGGCUUAGUCUUAUAUGGAACGGCAUGGGCGUUGCAUUGGAAAUGUACAAUCCUAAAUCGAAGCUUUGGAUGCAGGCACAUUCGCGCGCUCGCUUUGUUAUCAUGAAAAUGUUGCUAGAGGCGGGCGAAGGCUUAGUUACCGUGCAGGAGACUGAUAAUGGCAAAAAUUUAUUGCUUACAGUGGAUCCGAGUAAAAUUGAAACAGUCGGCAAAAAGGCGUUGGGCGAAUUUUUGACCAAACUGCAAGUAUAUAAGUCUACAGCAGACAUUGAAGCCGCCACAAAGAUGUACGAUCACUACUCGGAGGUUAACGAAGCUGGAACCCAUCCUUGGGCUAAAUGGCGCGACAUUUGCUUAGCACACAAAAAACCACGCAUUAUACUCGUCCAAGCCAAUACCAUACUUCACAAUGGCACAGUCGAAUUAAAAACCUAUGAAGCAACUCACGAGGGCUAUAUCCAAUCCUGGGUGGAGCGUUACCCCAAUACAGAUGUUGACGAUGUGCUUGAGGACAUAGUCGAGCAGGAUAAGAAAUACUUUCCCAAAGCCUUUGCAAACUGAAUAAAAUUCAAUUGCAUUUAUGCUAGUUUCAUAGAGUAUUUCAUAUUAAAUAUAAAACAUCGUUUUUAUACCUUCA